GAACCCAAAACUUUAUUUUUGGUUUAUAUUAAUUUUUGCACCUACCAAUAAAAUCCAAAUUCCUUGACCAUUUUAGCCACCUCCUUUUCUUUCUCUCUCCUCAUUUUUUUGUCUUUUGAGGUGUCCUUAAUUCUCUAAAAUAUACUCUUCAAUAAAAAUUCAAUCUCUUUCACCUUUUUCACCAGUAUAUCCGUUGUAAAAACAAACUUUCAUCAUCUUCUUUAUAUAACUUCCUACUCUAUAAUAUAGUUAGAAAAUUAAAAGAAAAUCCCAGAAAUUCAGUGCUAUUAUUUUCCAAUUUCCAACCUUUCUUUCUUCAUUUUGUACCAUGUGAGUUGGGACUGUGACUUAAUAAUUAAAGUCCUGAUUUUUUUAGUGUUCUUUCCUUUUAUGGCGCUUAUUUCCCAGUAAUUAAUACCCCUUUAUAAAUCAGCUGUUUUUUUUAGUGGGAAAUUUAGAAAUUGAUUCCUUCAGUUAGGGUUCUUCUUUAAUUUUUCUGGGGUUUUCUUUAAUUUUUCUGGGUAUUGUUAGAUUUUCCUGAAUCUUCAACUGGGUAUGUAUAGUAAUACAAUGAAGUUCAGAAGAAAAGAAGAAAUGGGUUUCUUGUUGAUGCUGCUGAUUUUCCCGAUUUUAUUGGUUUCCGCUGAUAAUUCUCCUAAUCUAUACUCUGAAUGGCUGUCUGUAAAACCUCGACACUCAAAUCUUCUGAAAGAUGCUCUUAAAAGUGAACCUUCAAAUGACGAGCCUUCCGAACUUUGGUCCCCGUUACCUGAUCAAGGAUGGAGACCAUGUGGAAUAAGUUCUAAAUCUGAAAAGCCAACUAACUCAUCUGGAUACCUCCAAGUAUUUCUUGAUGGAGGUCUGAACCAGCAACGCAUGGGGAUAUGUGAUGCUGUAGCUGUUGCUAAGAUUCUGAAUGCGACAUUGGUGAUUCCCCUACUUGAAGUUAAUCCUGUUUGGAAGGACUCGAGUUCAUUUGAAGAAAUUUUCGAUGUGGAUCACUUUAUUGAUGUCCUAAAGGAUGACAUUAACAUAGUGAAAGAGCUACCAUUUGAGUAUGCAUGGAGCACCAGGGAGUUCUAUUCCACUGCUAUUCGUGAAACCAGAGUUAAAACUGCACCUGUGCAUGCUUCAGUUCAUUGGUACUCUGAGAACGUGUUGCCUGUACUUCAAAGCUAUGGGAUUGCUGCAAUUUCUCCUUUUUCUCAUCGUCUAGCGUUUGAUAAUAUGCCUGAAGACCUUCAACGUCUACGCUGUAAGGUUAAUUUUCAGGCACUGACGUUUGUCCCACACAUCAGAGCACUUGGUGAUGCUCUUGUGAGACGGCUCCAAUACCCAUCUUUGAAAAGUGAACCAGAGCAUGGGUUACUUAGACAGUUUUCUUACAGGAAAGGAUCAAGAGAGCCACAGAAGUUUGUUGUUUUACACCUUCGAUUUGACAAGGACAUGGCUGCCCAUUCAGCCUGUGAUUUUGGUGGCGGUAAAGCAGAAAAGCUGGCUCUAGCAAGGUAUAGGCAGGCAAUGUGGCAAGGAAGAGUCCUGAACUCUCAGUUUACUGAUGAGGAGUUAAGAAGUCAAGGGCGUUGCCCGAUGACCCCAGAAGAAGUUGGACUACUUCUAGCUGCUCUGGGAUUUGAUAACAAUACACGUUUAUAUCUUGCCUCGCACAAGGUUUAUGGCGGAAAAGCUAGGUUAGAGACUUUACGGAGACUGUUUCCCCUGAUGGAAGAUAAAAAGAGCCUUGCUUCCGCUGAUGAGCGUGCACGAAUCAAGGGGAAGGCUUCCUUGCUAGCGGCUCUUGACUAUUAUGUCAGCAUGCAUAGUGACAUUUUUAUUUCAGCUUCUCCAGGAAACAUGCAUAAUGCUCUGGUUGGGCAUCGAACUUAUGAGAGUUUGAAGACUAUUAGGCCAAACAUGGGUAUGUUGGGUCAGAUCUUUUUAGACAAAAACAUGAGUUGGGUAGAUUUCAGACAAGCAGUAGCCGAGGGACACCAUUACAGACACGGUCAGCUACGAUUACGCAAACCGAAGCAAUCUAUUUACACAUACCCUGCUCCGGAUUGUAUGUGCCGUGCUUGAGAUUUGUUAAUAUACAGUCUUUAGGAGUUUCCUUACCUUACUACACAUAAAUUUUGUAGUCUCACCCUAUAGUUAUAUCACUUAUAUGUGGGUUCUUGUAAGCAUUCCAAUAAAACUCUAGCCCAUUCGUUUUACUUGUAAAUGUCGCAUAGUAUUGAACGUGUUACAGCAAGGCCAGAGUAGAUGUAUGGUUUGAGAGGCCAAGUUUAUCAUUAUGGGAUGUUGAUAUACGAGUAAUGAAUAGUAGAUACAUAUCUUUUACUUGAAUCGAUCAUUGUACAAAGGAUUACUUGUUCUUGAUAGAACUCUUCCACUGCGAUUAUUUAUACGAGUUGAACCGUGCUACUUCAUUACUACCCAA